GGGAGGAGGAAGGAAGAGGAAGAGCGGACAGGGAGGAGGAAGGAAGAGGAAGAGCGGACAGAGAGGAGGAAGGAAGAGGAGGAGAUGAAAGGAGAGGAAUCACAAAUCCAGAACCUUCUCCAGCUUCCAGUGAGACACAAGAUCCCUCUGCAGCACAUCCCCAGGAGAGAAGCCACCAUCUGUAAUGUGGACUCCAUGCUCCUGUUCCCGUCAGCUUCCUCUGAGAACUACGUCACCUUCUCCCGGAGCUUCCCUGCUCUUCCAGAACUCUCCGUGUGCCUGUGGCUCCGCGUCGACGUCGGGUACGUAGGAACGCUCCUCUCUUAUGCCACGGAAGACAACGACAACAAACUAGUCCUAUACGGACGCAACUCCUCCUCCUCCUCUUCCUCCACCCCCAGCCGAGCAACCCUGGACUUCGUGGUGGAAGACCCUGCGUACCGUGAGCUCCCUGUGGACGCUGUGCUGGAUGGGUGCUGGCACCACCUCUGUGUCCUCUGGUCCUCGAUCCAGGGACGAUUCUGGCACUACACCGACCGGCGCCUGACCUCCGCAGGGUCACGGUUCAAGAAGGGUUACGAGGUGCCGGGAGGGGGGAUGGUGGUGUUGGGAGCAGAGCAGGACAGCCAGGGGGGAGGGUUUGAUCCCACCGAGGGGUUUGUGGGGCGCCUGGCGGGGUUCACCGUGUGGGACAGGGUGUUGAGUCCUGGGGAGGUGACAGGGGUGGCUAUGGGGAGGGGGGUACCCCGGGGGGUGGUGCUCGAGUUGGGGGACGUUGACGGAGUUCAUGGAGAGGUGCAGCAGGUAGCCUGCGAGUGCCUGGAACACUGUAGCUGAGACGUCUGAUUCCAAACCGUCCCUCAUCCCUCGUCCCUCGUCCCUCAUCCCUCGUCCCUCAUCCCUCGUCUCUCAUCCCUCGUCCCUCAUCCCUCGUCCCUAUAGGAACUCCUAGAUCUACAGUGUGGUCCUUUAGGGCAGAGUGGGCUGGUUUUUACUCCUCUGUACUUGAUUGAUCAAUUAAGCUAAUUGAUUUCCCCUCACCUGGUUGUCCAGGUCUUAAUUGUGCGUCAAUUAAAAAUAAAUAAUAACAAAUAACAGCAACCAGCCUGGGGGGUUGACUUGGGAUUCAGCUGUCUAAAUGUUUUAAUAUCAAACAAUUAACUACCAGGGAGAAUGAAGACCGGCAGAACUGCCCCUCGGACUUAAUGUGGACCUGGAUUGAAAGAGGAACACUUCUCUAACCUUAAACAGUGCCACUGACACACUGUAAAAUGAGCAUGUGAAUGAAAGACAUUAAUUAUUACUUAAAGCAAUGUUGUUAUAUGGCUAAACAGACUAUUUCAUGUCAUAUAUAUUGUUACCCAGCAACAGACAGAGAGAGAAACAGACUUACAGACAGAGAGAGACAGACAGAUACAGACUUAGACAGAAAGACAGACAGAUACAGACUUAGACAGAGAUACAG